AUGGCCCAUCUCUACUUACGGAAAAAUGGCGACAUUCUUGUUUUUGAGGCGGUGGGGACGGAGGCCACCUCUAUCGCCUUGAAGGCUGCGGCUGCGGCGAUGAAACUCGCGGAUGAGAAGAAACCCAUUGAGAUGGAGAUCACCGGACCCACCGAGGAGAUAGCGAAAACGAUGGGAAGUAAACAGUGGGGUGCUCACUCAGAAGGAAUCACUUUAAUAGCAGCUUUCGCCAAGCGCAAUAGUUGGAUCACACUAUAUAAAACACGGAGAAGUCCCGACACUGGAGACGGAGAUGCACAAGAAGCCCCUCCGAGACUUACCGCUAGCGCCGAGUCCGAUAGAGUGAAACUCGCCGGAGCCAUCUCGCUAUCCCUACGAGAGCACCCGUAUGUCGAGAUUCAAGGUAUUGGUCCGCUUUGCAUGAGGAAAAUCGUGGAGGCUUUGGAGAUCGCUGGGGCUCAGUGUAUGUCGAAGGCUGCUUCUUAUCCCCUAUCUGACUGA